AUGCGUACAGCGUGCGCUGGUGUAUUAAUGGUAACAUGCUUGCCUCGCAUGUCAGAUGCCUCGAGUUCAAACCCCGGCACGACUAUUGGAUGUACGCUGCUGUUGAGCUCUAAUAAGAGCAAAACUCGAGUCCAUUGCUUUCCCCCUCCAGAUUCUACCUAUGAAAAGCUGACCGGAAAGAUAUGGCUGUCCCAUCUCCUUGUCUGUGGAUGGAACCGUGGAAUAAAAUGGUAUUUUCGAGUUUUCUCGCUCAAGGUUGAGCAUUUUCGCCCGUUGAGACGUGAAAAUCAGCUGCGUACAGCGUGCGCUGGUGUAUUAAUGGUAACACGCUUGCCUCGCAUGUCAGAUGCCUCGAGUUCAAACCCCAGCACGACUAUUGGAUGUACGCUGCUGUUGAGCUCUAAUAAGAGCAAAACUCGAGUCCAUUGCUUCCCCCCUCCAGAUGUGAACUCACCAGGAUGA